AUGGACCCUCUGUGUCCGAUGUGUGUCCGAUGGACCCUCCGUGUCCGAUGUGUGUCUGAUGGACCAUCUGUGUCCGAUGUGUGUCUGAUGGACCCUCCGUGUCCGAUGUGUGUCCGAUGGACCAUCUGUGUCCGAUGUGUGUCCGAUGGACACCUAUGGACCAUCUGUGUCCGACAGACACACGUGUGGACCAUCUGUGUUCGAUCUCCCGGCUGGAGCGUUCCGCGGCGGAAGCGAGCGGAGGAGCUGCCGUCAUACCUCAAGUGGAGGAUGUAGUACGUCUGCUCCACCCAGGAGUGGGGCUGCAACGCCGGCGCCCACGUCCCCAGCCGAGGUCCCUUCUGCUUCUUCCCAUACGCGGAACGGGAGCGGAAAACCAGUAACUUCAAGGUGCUGGUCAACGCGGGAGGCUUCGAGGCGCUGGGUUGGGCCAACGGCUCCUUCGGCAGCGUGCCGGAGAACGCCGUGGAGGCCUGUCCGUCCGUCGACGUCUUCGUGGCGAGGAACCGCUACGGCUUGGGCAAGAUGGCCAAGGAGCAGCGGGCGGCUUUCGUGGUGGUGGACGGCGAGGAAGUUUGGUUCAAGUGGUACCAAGUCUUGGUGGUCAAGAAGGGCCUGGCCAACGUCACCAUCUCCGACGUCCGCUACAACAUGAGCGGGAUGGUGGAACACGGCGAGGACGUCACCCUGACGAAGACCACGGUGAGGAACGAAGGCUGUCGAGGGGCGCGUAAAGCCGUGACUUUGGAGGAGGCCACCGAGCUGGAGCACGACUGGACCAUGGACCAGAGGGUCUUGGCCACCAUCCGCGGGGUGUUCCAA